UUUAAGGGUUACGCGCGUACAAAUUUCUUGAUCGCCCGAUCAUCGCCUGUCUAAAGUUAUACGCCAAUUCAGAAUAAGCUAUUAUCCAACAUGCGGUUAGCCGACGUCUAAGCAACAAAAGAAAAUUUAAUCGCCGGGCUGGGCAUGUUUAUGUCCGCGUUUAGGUGGAACGCAAGUACAUGCAGCACAGGUUUAGACAUCAUGGAGGCGGUUUUACAAAUUCUUGAGUUUGCACAAGAGGAGGAGGAGGAGGAGGUACUGUUGGGCCGUCCUCGUGUCGAAAGAGUAUUUGAGGUCCGAGUGGAUGCGCUCCGAAAGUAUAGCGACAGUAAAUUUAUCCGCAGAUUCCGGGUUUCCAAGGACACAUUUCGUUGGCUAGUAGAUUUCUUAGCCCCGGAUUUGAUGCCACUAAAGGAGAGUAAUCAUGCUCUGAACCCGGAGCAGCAGGUGCUGGUUGCCAUGCGCUUUUAUGCCAGGGCAUCAUUCCAAAUGGACAUUGGUGAUAUGUGUGGCGUAUCCCAGGCAACUGUCUGCAGGGUGGUUCAUCGCGUUUCCUCUGCUAUUUGUGCCAGACGUCAGCAAUUCAUUCACUUUCCAACCACACCGGAAGAAAGGAGAACUAUUGCCGAAGGCUUCUAUGAGAUUGCCCAAUUCCCUGGGGUCGUUGGUGCUAUAGACGGUUCCCAUGUUGCUAUAGUUAAUCCUGGUGGGGAGCGUGCGGCCCAUUUUAUCAAUCGUAAAGGUUGGUAUAGUAUCAACUGCCAGGGUGUUGUGGACCAUCAACUUCUUUUCACUAACAUUGUUGCCAGAUGGUACGGUUCGGCACAUGACUCGCGGAUAUUUCAAGAAUCACAACUAUUCCGUAAAUUUCAAGCAGGGGAAUACAGAGGCAUUUUGCUAGGGGAUCCGGCCUACACUUGCAGCACGUUCAUGCUUACCCCGGUUCGCAACCCAACAACACCAGAGGAGAACCGUUACAACAAUGCCCAACGACGUACCCGGGGAGUGGUUGAACGAGCAUUCGGGAUUUGGAAAAAGAGAUUUCCCUGCGUCUCUAAGGGAAUGCAUCUGAGGUGUUCAGUGAGUAUCAUAAACGGUUCACUGGUGAUGGAAACGGUUUACUCCCCCUUGUGUUGUACGCUUUGCCAAAAAAACACGUUAACACAGAUAAACUGACUCUGAUAUUAAAUUUCAUUUUUCAGUUGGAUCACAACAUGGCAAUAAUAGUUGCGACCACCUGCUUACAUAAUCUCGCCACACGAAUGAAUGAUCCUGUACCGGAGCCAGAAGCUGACCUUCCUCGACGUGAAAUCGGUGAACCAGAACGACCCAUCAACCCGGCUGAAGUAAAUUUCAGAGGAAACUUAUUCCGACAACGAUUCAUCAUGCAGCAUUUUAAUCAAUAAGACAAGGCUUCGGUCGUCUUCUGUAAUGCUGAACUUGUCGGCUGUCUCGGAGCGACGGCUCUCUGCUGAUGUGUGGCAACGAGUGUCUGCUGACGUGAACUGGUGUGGGUUGUCUGCU